CACACCUUAGUAGAAUACCGUUGAACCAAAAAACGCUGGAGUUAGAUAGGCAGUAUAUAAUCAGGAAAUGUCCGUAUUUGAUAUAUGAGCAAGUCAGCUGUGUCAAUCAGUUGAUCAUGCUGGCAUAUGCAAGAAGAAUUAUGAAACUACCAAGACUCCAAACGAUCGAAAAUUGUAUGAAGCUCUGUCCAAUGAUAGUGCAGGCGUUGUGGGAGUUCAAAUCGCCUUUACUCCAGCUACCCUAUAUAGGUGAUGAUAACUUGAAGUACUUCAAUUCGAAAAAGAGACAAAUCAAAAGCUUGGAACAGUUCGCGCAACUCAAGGCUGACGAGAGAAGGAAUAUGUUAAGGGAUCUAGGAGACGACGAGUAUGAAAAUAUUAUGAAGGUACUAGCUAGGAUGCCUGUUGUUGACAUGCAGACACAGGUGGAAGUAAUGGAUGACGAAAACCCCAAAGAAGUUACAGCCAAAGCGAUAGUGACGGUAACGGUUACACUGACAAGGAAAGACAUGAGCACCUUGUUUGGUGAUGAAACCGCCAAAAUAGCAACUCGUAUUAACGAAAACGGCACUGAAGACACCAAAGAAUCCGGAGCUGGGGAACCUGCGAACGAAGCCGCGGCCAAUAAAAGGCCUGCGUGGUUGAAGCAACAGAAGAAAAGCGGUAAAAAGACCAAGAGCAAAGGUAAGCCCUCAGGGGGAAAAUCAGCAACGGCGAAUUCCGUCGCGUCCCAUAAACCAAAGGUGGACGAAUCACCGAAUCCGGCCGGUGACAAAAAGAAAGAAAAGUCUUCCAAAAGGGAAGAGAAAGAAGAUGAAGAUAGCGACUCGGAAGAGGACAGUGUGGCUGGCAGCGAUGUGGAGGAAGACAAGUCUUCCGACGAGGACGAUAGGAAAUCUAAUCCAGAAGAUGAUGAUCAGGAAUGGGAGAAGUUCCAGAAAAUCCAUGAAAGGGAAAAAUCCCUUGAAGGAAAAUCAAAAUCGUCCCAUCCAGUCCAUUGUCCAUAUUUCCCGCAUGAUAAACAAGAGUAUUGGUGGGUUUAUAUUUGUGAUAGAAGAUCUAGGACACUUUUGACGCAUCCUUACCAUGUUACUAGUUUAGUAGAAAAAGAGGCGAUUCAUCUUAAGUUUACGGCGCCAAAGUGGCCCGGCAUCUACACGUUCACCGUGUGCCUCCGUUCCGACUCGUACCUGGGCUUCGACCAACAGAAGGACAUCAAAUUGGACGUGAAGGAGCCGCCGCCGGAGGUGACGGAACACCCGCAAUGGGAGUUCGAGGACUCCGAAGAGGAAGCGGGUCCCGCCGACGGGGAGGGCCACGAGAGCGAGUACGCCACCGACGAAGACCUGCCGGAAGAUUAGAGAGACCAAUGCGGAAGGCAGGUAAAUCGAAAAUGCGUGAAGUAGCAGUUCGACUUGUUUCGAUUUACCAAGUUUGUACGGGGAGGGUUACGGAAGAAACCGGGAGAGAUUUCAUUUUUGUUGAUUGGUUCUGGUUGCGGUCUGGGUCUGGUGUGCGAUCCUAAGAGUCCCUUGAAAUGUCAAAAGUAUCUUUUUCCUCCAGUGGCGGUUCGUGCUAAUUUCUUAUUACUCACAGGGUGAGUUUUUAAUGUGGUUGAUAACUCCGUUAUUACGCAUUGUAUAUAAAAAGGUUAGUACAAAAAUUGUAACCAAACAGUAUCUUCCCGACUUUGAAAAUAUUUUUAUUUCUACAGAGGUAUUCAUAACUACGAGACUUGAAUAUACUUUUUUGAAUGAAAAGCCCUACAUUUCAUUGCUGAUUUGGAUCGACCAUUUCAGAACGAAGUAAUUUGAUAUCACCAUAAGGUUUUAUUUUCAGAUUGUUGAGCUAUUGGACAGUCUAUCGAAAAAGAUACAACUUUGAGUAUUGAAUUUUUCGUUAAAAACAUUUUAUGAUCACAUGUUUUACACCUAUCUACUAACUUUUCCAGUUUUCCGGAUAGUUUGUACAGAGCAGUCAAGAAGCCAACAUUAACUAUAUCUCAAAAUUUUCAAUUGAAACACCCAGUAUAUUUUCACACCUUUUAAUCUCCCUUUUCAUAAGGUUCAAUACAAAAAUUGUAGCCAACAGUAUUUUCACGAAUUGGAAAAUAUUUUUAUAGCGCGAUUUACAACUACGUGGUGAAUCAUACAUUUUUAAUGGAAAAUCCUACAUUUAUUGCAGAUUUUAAUAGGCCCUUUCAAACGAAGCAGGGUUUUAUUUUCAGAAUGUUGGGAUAUUGGCAAUCUAUCGAAAAAAAGACACUCAACUCUGAGAACUCGCACCUCCUCAACUGUUAUAGUUAGAUUACUGAAACUGUCGUUAAAAAUAAUUUAGAACCUAUUUAAUCACUUUUUCAGGUUUUCUGAUAGUUUCUACAGAUUAGUCAAGAAGAAAAAAUUAACUAAUUCUCAAAAUUUCCAAAUGGAACACCCAGUAUAUUUUCAUACCUUUUGAUCUCCCGUUUCAUAAGGUACAAUACAAAAAUUGUAGCCAACAGUAUCCUCACAAAUUGUAAAAUAUUUUUAUUUCUUCAGGGCGAUUCACAACUACGUGGCGACUCAUACUUUUUUUAAUGGAAAGCCUUACAUUUUAUUGCAGACUUUGAUAUGCCCUUUCAAACGAAGCAAUUUGAUAUAACACACCAUAGGGUUUUAUUUUCAGAUUGUUGGGAUAUUGGCGAUUUAUCGAAAAAAAAAAUACUCGACUUUGAAAACUCGCACAACCACAUCUGUUAUAGCUAGAGUACUAAAUUUGUCGUUAAAAAUAAUUUAUGAUCUCAUAUUUUGAACCUAUUUACUCAUUUUUUCCGUUUUUUUUUUUAUAUAGUUUCAACAGAGUAGACAAGAAGCAAAAAGUAACUAUUUCUUAAAAUUUUCAAAUGGAGCACCCAGUAUAUUUUCACACUUUUUGAUCUCCCGUUUCAAAAGCUUUUUUUCUGAUAUGAGGCUUAUUAUGUAUGAAUGGUUUUUGACUUUUCGGCUUUAUUGCAUAUAGGCCGUCUGUUACGGUACAAAAUUUUGUUCAUAAAUUUGGUACCAAAUUUAGUGAUAAAAUGCGUUGCUGAAUUUAGUUCCCAGUUUGUUUACAAAUUACAAUCCUGUCUGUCACGUAAAGAAAUUUUUGUAAUAAAUUUCGUACGGAAUCAGUCGCUGUCGGUAGAAAAAACUAUAACUGUCAACUUCGAACUGCCAUUUAUCACGUCAAAGUCAUACUAACCACACUUUUCCUUUGCCGCUUGCUUCUUUAUCAAUUGGAAUGAUCCCAACGCAGCUUAUUUGGCGUUUCUGUUUUUAAAGGCAUUGCUUUUUACAGCAAAUAAACAAUCAUAUUUCUCAUACUCGCUUAGUAGUAUGUCACACUGCCCUUUUGACAAUGACAUCUUUCAAGUUUUUCAAUUUACAAGUAGAACAACAUACAGCAUAAGCAAGGGAGUCUCUUGAAACUGAUCACAACAACUGAUGAAAGUGCUUGAGGUUAGGCUUGUUUUUGUCAACAAAUUAAAAUAUCAUCUAAUCAUCACAAAACAUUAAGGGAAUAUCAAGGAGUUAACACAAAACAUGUAAUUUCUUGUCACGUAGUGCUUCUUUCAGCCAUUGUACUGCUCCAAAUGCUCAGUAGGCGUCUGCUCACUUUUAGCAUGAUAUUAUUUAGAACAGCUUCUAAAAAAUUUAGCACUCAAUUUGUUCAUACAAAUUUAUGUACUAAAUGCUAUCUGAUACGAUCCUUAAUGUUACUAAAUUUAGUACAAAAUUUCGUCUCGUGACAGACAGCCUUUAGGCUAAGUAGAUUUAACUUAUAACAACAAUACAGCAGACGCUCGAUAAUGUAAACUAAUUUAAUCCAAGUGUGGUUCACAUUAUCGAAAUGUUUACAUUAGCGAACGUGAUUUAUAUAAUAUUUGAUUUAUUAAAAGAAACGUUUAAUACAUACUAUUUAUAACAAAAUAAACAAAUAUUCUAACAGCGGUAAGUAUUUUUUUAAUUAGAAAAAAAAAUAAUUAACAAUUUUUGUCUGCGUAAAUUUGCGCUUAGCAUUGUCUUCCAAUGCCUGCGCCCGUAAUUUACGAAGAACUAAAAUAUCCGUUUCAGCCCAAUCUAAAGCUUGGUUAAAAACUUGUAUAGCUUGCGCGUCAGUCACUACACUUCUGACUUCAAUGGGAUCGUUCUCAUCAUCCUCACUGUCCAUAUCCUCCUCCUUAUCAGCAUCAUUCGUCUGCUUAUCUUCGUUCCAUAAAUUAAUAUCAGCAGGAGUACAAACAAUGUUGGGAUUCACUGUUUUCAAUAAAUCAACAACAUCCAAUGACACACUAAUAACAUUAUCAUUAUUGGAUCGCAAACGUUCUCUAAUUACGCUUAAGGGGACAUCGUCUUCUUCAUCAUCUUCAUUAUUGGUACAAAGAGAUUGUUCCAACAUUUUUGAAUAGUUUGCUGGUUAAGUUCAUUCCAGGCCAUAUGUAAAUCUAAAACAGCUUCUCGUAAUAUUACUUUUUUUAAAGCCUCAGAUAAGUUUUCAGGAUUCUUUGAUAAGACAGACGAAAGUAGAAACUUCCUAUAGUAUAGUUUGGUGAGUCUUAUUAUAUUCUGGUCCAUCGGUUGAAUUAACGGUGUUACGUUGGGCGGCAUGUACAUGACGAAAAUUGACCCAUCCCUGCUCCUCACUUGUUGCUCGGGAGGAUGACUUGGUGCAUUAUCCAAUAGUAACAACGCUUUUAUUGGAAGCUUCUGUUGUUUUAGGAAACCUUUUACCUACAAAUUGAAAACACAUCUUCAAAUUAUGAAUAGAGCAUUUGUGAUAAUUGAUUGUCUUACCUGAGGGAUAAAGCACCUGUGGAACCAUUUGAGGAAUAUACUGCUAGUCAUCCAAGCGGUUUUUGAACAGUCAUAAUCAACAGGGAUAUUAACAUUUUUAAAUGAGCGCGAUUUUUUGCUUUCCCAAUUACCAGUGGCUUUAUUUUGUGUGAACCAUUAGCAUUAGUGCAGGCUAGAAACGUUAUUCGUUGUUUCUCCGGCUUUCUUCCCGGGGCAGAUUUUUCAAAUGAUGCAGCAUAGGUUUUCUCUGGUAACAUUUUCCAAUAAAGGCCACUUUCAUCGGCGUUGUAAAUUUGUUCCAUUCUUAAAUCUAGCUCGGUAAUGUUUUCAUCAAUUUUUCUUUGAAUGGUUGCACUAGUUGUGGUUGUGCUGAUAAUUUUUCACCAGAUAUAGACAGCAGUCGAAUUCCAUAUCUUGUUUUUAAUCGUUGUAGCCAGCCAUCACUAGCUACGAAAUUUUCAGUUUCUUUCAGAUUUUCAUUUAACAGUCUCGCUCUCUGUUUAAGUACUUCGCCACUAACUGGGACAUGAUUUUCCCGUUAUUUUAAAAACCACUUAUACAGGAAAUUUUCCAUUUUAGGUGCCUUCGCAUUUUUUUAAGUUUUUCUUUUUCCCGGACCUCCAAAUGUAUUGCACGUUCUUUGUAAAAUUUCAGUUUUCAUACGCUUAAUUUUACAAAUUGUUGCUUUCAAUACUCCAUAUUUUUUUGCUAACUGUGUCACUCCCGCACCUAGUGCAACUUCGUCUAUGAUUUUCACUUUCUCACUCAACUUUAAACACUUUCUUUUAUAGGAUGUGGAUGCCAUAGUCGUAAAAUAUAUUAACGCGUGCAAUGUAUUCACUUAAGUUCAAAAAUGAAAUACAUACGUACGUAUAAACGUAUCCUAAACGAUCAUACGACUGACCGAGUGUCGUAUUUUAUCGCAGAGGUGAACCACCUACACUCUACAUCAUAAAUCGGGGACUCCCCGACGCCCGACAUAAAUCAACGAGGCUUCAGCAUUUUACCGUCGCGCUGUUUCCGUGCGCCGAGUGUUGUUUACGUUAUCGAGCGUACACAUUGUUUACGUUAUCGCACGUUCCGUUUGAUCCUAUAGAACGAAGUUUGUGUUUACAUUAGCGCAAGUUUUCAUUAUCCCGUGUUUACGUUAUCGAGCGUCUGCUGUACGUCAAUUCUAAAGAUCUGGCUUUACUAACCGGUAUUUGUUACUUUGAAAGGUAUUGUGAUAGUGUCAAUUCGCCUUGAUAUCUGAUUUGCAAACAGGUUAGCUGUAACCUAAAGCCCGGUCGUACAAAACCCCAAAAGUCUUAUAUAAAAAAGCUUGUAGAAGGGGAACCCAAGGAAUGUGAAUAUGCACACGGUGUUCCAUUUAUAAUUUUUGAGAAAUCGUUCAUUUUACGUUCUUGGCUACUCUGUAUAAACUGUUAAAAAAACUGAAAAAAGUAAGUAGAUAUGGCAUAAUUUUUUCAGUACUCUAGCUAUAACAGUUGCGUUGGUGCGAGGAGGAGGGUUUUUGUUGCCGGUGCCUGAUCGAGUUACAGCAGCAUUUAAGUUUGGUUUAGAUUUGAUUGAAUUUGCGAUGCUUGAUAUCUUGAGACUUUGGUGUAUAUGCUACUUGGAAAAGCCGUUUAUUUUUCAAAAUCUAUACGCCCUGUAAAAGAAACUUUGCGAACACCCUGUAUAAUUAACCUGUGUAUUUCAGUGAAAUGGAAAUCGUAUGAAAGUGACUAAAAAUUCCAAAGCUUCACAUAAUUAGAAUCUCAUUAUUACAGACAUUUUUAAAAUUUUUGAUCGAGUCUCAUUGUUACACUAGCCGCCACUAAUCUUUCUUCUUAUGUCUCGAAAUUUGUAGCACCUAAGCACCUUUUGAAAAAUUGUGUUUUUCUAAGUAAAAAUGCAUACUCAUACAUUCCUUCUAGUGUCAUUUUUUAUGCUAUUAGGAUUGUUAUAAUCCGAGAUAAAAAUUAAUUCGACUGAAUCUAGUCUUCAGAAUGUUUAAUAUAUUUAGAGUAUUAUGUAAAUGCGUAAUUUAUUCACGAGAGUUUAAUUUUAUAUGUAUAGAUAUACAUACAUGAGUGGUUUCGAACUAGACCUGGGUCACAACAAAUGUCAUGUCAAAUAUAUUAAGAAGGUUUAAUGAAAACUGACGAUAGCAUGCAUUUUUCAUGCUCUAAAAAUAAUUAAUGGUAGCGCGACGAUUAUCUAAAUCAUUAUUUUUUUGUAUCAACCACAGUUUUGAGUGAAUCUUCUUACUAUAUCAAAUAUUAUAGAUAACUACUGAACCUAUGCGGUUCUCGUUGUAUUUUCCACAGCUGCAUAUUUAUGCAAUUUAAACUGUGAAUAGUCUGACUAGUGUGAUUUCUGGAAAGAGUGGAUUAAAGGGUGGUCUUUGAUAACAUGAACAGCUCUUCUAUUUUAAAAGUUUUCCACUGCCAAUAUUAUGACCCAUUAUUUUGCAUUUUUACUGUAUGAGUUUGAUUUGGUAAUUUUAAAGUGAGAGAAAUUAAAAUUAUAUAAUUGGAUGGCUAUUUUGUCUUCAAUUACAAAUAUUCAUCAUAAGAGUUAGCUACAGUUUUGAAUAUGGUUUUGGUGUAUUUUUUUUAUUUCAUUUAACUCCAACGUGGCAUAGCUCAAAGCAUUGAACUGCUCAAAAGUUCCAAUAAAUAAAUAAAUCUUAACCUAAUGAACAUUGUAUACCGCUGUUUCUCAAGAAUAGUGACACUGUUCAAAAUAAGCUUUUUUCAGGAGAGGCGUUUUUAAUAUUUUUUGAAGAACAAUUUCGGAUAACUGAAGAUAAAGUUAAUAAUUGGGAUUUAGAAAAAUUAUCAAUUAAAUGUUGAUUAAACUUUGAGAUUCAUUGAAUAAAUGAUCAGUAUGUUUUCAAAACUAUCCCAUUUUAUUCCGUUUUUGCAACUUUACAGGAAUGUGGCAUUAUUCCUAAAAAAAUUAUGCAUUUCUAAAAAUAUAUGGCAAACAAUUCGUGGUUACACAACAAAGAGUAUUACUACCAAUGAUAUACAACUAACAUUUUAAAGGCUACGUGGAAGUAAAGUACAGAAAAAAACAAGUACAAUUCAAAAAUUGCCUACAAAUUAUUGUAAAAUUCCUCAUAGUAUGAGGGUAUUAUAUUUUUUUGUACUAAAUUAAGUAAGGCGCUUUUUUUUCUCAUUUAUAUCCUUUAUGCAGAGUAACUGUAGGACCUCUUUUUGUUGCUUUUUCAACUACCUAAACUUUUACGAAAAUCAGUCUUACUGUAUGAGUUUUUGUAGAAAAAUGUUCCAGGUUGUUGAGAUUCUACUCUUAUUCUUUUAACAUCUGAUAGUUUGAAUGACUCAUUUUCCGAAUUUUUGUGUUGUAGGAAGAUAGUCACAAUGCACUUUAUGUCACUAUUCUUGAUUAACACGAUCUGUUAUUAGAGUACUUUGCUCUAAUAUGACGUUAUCUUGAGAAAAUACCCUUUGAAAUAACUGCAAAUGUCUUUAUUCCUGAGCCAACAUUUUUCGUUUUUUGGAUAGUGUCACUAUUCUUGAGAAGCAGCGAUAUGUUUUUGUAUUAGCAAUUUCUACAAGUAACCUUUCAAAGAGCACUGCAGUGUUGUGAUAAAUGGUAAUUCAAAACAGUAGCUUUCUCUAGCAAUUGUGUUGUUAUCAAAGACUGCUCCGUGUUUGAGGGAGUUUUCGUUCUGUAUAUAUUUUUAAUAUAGAAAAGCCGGAUUAUUCUGUUGUUUUCUUUUUCAAGAAUUUUUGUUUUACAUGCACCUCGAAAUUUUUAUUGGGAGAGUGCUUUUAUACAAUAUUUAUAUUUUUGUUGUUACUCCUGAAAUAUAUACUGAAUGAGUAGCGUAUGGAACUGUUCAAUUUUUGGGUUAUAUGUCAAUG